GCGCUGGAAGGAAACCGUUUGUUUGCUGACACAGACCGCGCAAAAGAACGAAAGAACGAACGAGCAUGACGAAGACGGGUGCGGAUGGCCACGGUGGUGCUGGUGGUGCUGGGCUUGAAGAUGGGCUGGCGCGGAAGCGAGCAAAGCAACAAGAAGACGGAGGAGAGAAUGGCACAGAAGCAGUGAGGAGGAGGGAAGAGAAGAAUGCCGGUGGCACCGGAAACGAUGGUGGGAACGAUGGUGAUGAGAAGAGGAAGGAUCCUCGCUCUCGUGCGGAGGAGGAUGACGAUGAUGGCAACGGUGAUGAUAGUAUGCAGGAUGUGCGCGAAGCACAGGAGCAGCUGCAUCAGGAGACCGCAACGACUGCUGCUUCAUUGAAAGGCGUUGUCAUCGAUGUGGUGUUGCCUGCUGGCGGCAUCGGCGUUCGCACAGGCUCGGUGACGCCGAAACAGUACUGGGUGCUGCAGGGAAAGCCGUUGCUGUACUACACAAUCUCCACGAUGCUUGCUGUCCCCGGCGUGCGCCGGGUGGUCGUGCCGAUCGCCGCAAACUGUCUGGAGAAGAGCGCGGGCUGGCUCAGGGACUGGCGGCUUGAGCACGAGGCUGAGCGCGUGCUGUUUGUUCAGGGUGGUGCAAGCAGGCACGCGUCCAUCAAACGCGGCCUCGACGCUAUUCACUCGAAGCCCUCACACCCAAACGUCGUCGUUGUCCAUGACGCCGUCAGGCCCUUUGUGGAUGCAAAGACAGUGCUUAACGUCGCAGCAGCUGCAGCGCAGCACCAAGCAGCUGGAUCUGUACUACCUCUUGUCUCGACAGUCAUCAAACCAAACGCUGAUGGCUUCCUUGAAGAGUCGCUCGACCGAUCCCAGUAUCGCGCAAGCCAAACGCCACAGGCAUUCUCGCUGGAGGCGCUUAUGAAAGCAUAUGAAAGCUGUUCGGCACAUGAUAUUGAACACGGCACAGAGGUGCUGCACCUGGUGCUCAAGUACGCUGGUGUUCGCGCCAAGCUCGUUGACUGCCAGCCAAACGUGUGGAAGGUCACCUACAAGCAGGACUUGCAUGCUGCUGAGCAACUGGCUGCCCAACGGAUGCGACAGGUUGCCAUUGUCUUUGGCGGAGGUCGAGGCAUUGGACGACACGUGGUGAAAGGGUUUCGAGAGCGCGGCAUGCAGGUUGCGGUGGUUGCGCGGACAGAGGAAGAGGUGGCACAUGUGGCAAAGGAGUACGGCUGCAUGGCAAUAUGCGCAGAUGUGGGAAACUCACAGCAUGUGGACGACGCCUACGCACAAGUGCUCGCCAAGUACAAGCGCGUGGAUGUUGUUGUCAACUGUGCCGGCGUGGCCCUGCUUCGUUCCAUUGCGGAAACGACGGAUGAAGCGUGGCAGAACAUAAUGACAUCCAAUCUGAGCGGCUGCUUCUAUUCCUCACGGCGCGCCCUCGCAAGCAUGCAAGAGCAAGUCCAUGGUGGUGUCAUCAUCAACGUGGGAUCAAGCGCGGCGCAAGGUGGACGGGAGGGCCAGUCGGCCUACGCAGCCUCCAAGGCCGGUAUUGCAUGCUUGACCGAGACACUGGCGUUGGAAGGCAAGCCACACAACGUUGUCGCUUACUGCGUCGUUCCACGCCGAACCUACACCAGCAUGCGCACAACCAUGUAUCCCGAUGAGGAUGCGUCGGACUGCCUUGCUGCGCGGGACGUGGCUGCGCUGAUUGUGUCUGUGGCCAUGGCACCGAACGUGCUCUUAUCCGGCCAGGCAUUCUACGCAAAGUGACACACGCACACGCACACACACAUGUACGCACACACAUGUACGCACACGCACACGCACACGCACACGCAC